AUGGCAAAGUACCUGAAGUGCGUGGAGCGGUACAGUACGGGCGGUCCAGUCGGUGAGGCCAAUUGGCCCAAGGUGGGCACGACGAUGGUCGGCCACAAGCGUCUGAAGAACAUUAUCAAUCUGCUGCUCGACGCGCGCGCCGCCAACGUCUCGGGGAGCUACGUCGAGUGCGGCGUGUGGCGCGGUGGAAUGUCCAUCUUCGCAAAAGCGGCGAUUGAGGUCUACCAAAUGAAGCGGCGUGUGUACCUGUGCGACUCGUUCCAGGGGCUGCCGCUGCCGCGCUCAGGCAGCCUGCGGCCCGACGAGACGGUGUACACGGCUAAGUGGGUCAACGAUUCGCUCGCCAAGAGCGAAUAUAUCGUGACGCGCAAUUUCGGCCGGCACGGGGUCCCAAUGAAUGGCGUUCGCUUGGUGCCGGGCUUCUUUGUCAAUUCUUUGCCCAAGCUGCGUAACCAGCUCAAGGGCCGUGGCGAGCGGCUUGCACUGCUGCGACUGGACGGCGACAUGUACGAUGCGACGAUGGACAUAUUGUAUAACUUGUACGACCUGGUUGAGGUAGGAGGCUUCGUGAUCAUGGACGACUACGGCUGGGUGGAGGGCACCAACGAGUCCAACGCCUCCAAGCCCUCCUUGUGGGGCGCCAAGGACGCUGUGCUCGACUUCCGUGCCGUGCACAAGAUUGAGGACCACGCGCACGUGUUCCACAAUAUCGACGACGCGGGCGCGUGGUUCCGCAAGGGCCGCGAAGUCACGGUCCGUCGCCGGCUGUACGAGCGCUGCGUCGAGCAAGGCGACUACAGCAUGAUCGCGCCCGCCAAGACCACCGCCGUGACAAGAGUCGCCGCACUCCUCGCGACCAUCGGUAUUGUCGCCACGAUCGCGAGCUUUACCACCCCUUCCGCCAGCGCCUUCACCGCGGAGUCGCCUGCGGACGUCGUCGCCACCAUGUACAAGACCUGGAGCACGACCGGCUUCACCAAGGACAACCUGCCGGCGCUCAUCACCGACGACUACAAGCUCAGCUUCGCGUGCUCGCCGUUUGUCGCAUCCUGCCCCGCGCUCUACAAGGAAUUUAUCGUGCUCGUCGAGAUCUCUUACAUCCCGACUCUCAAGAGCGGCAAGACGACCGGCAAGCGCGUGAGCGACGUCCAAAAGUGGACGGUGGUGGGCGGCAAGGCCACCGCGUUCAAGGUGUGGCCGGGCGACUACGCCGCAGCGAACGACCUCUUCUGA